AUGGGCCUCCCGGCCGGCGUGCCCGCGAUGGGCGCCCUGGCUGCGAGCUCGGCGGGCGCGCUCCUGCUGGGGCGCCUCGUCGUCGGCGGCAGCCCCCACGCGCUCGGCUCGAGCCGCGGCCGCCUGGCCCUCCACGCCGCGGUCGGCCUCGUCGGCGCCGUCUUCUGGGCGUGGGCCGUGUGGUCGCACGUCGACCUGGGGGCCGUGUCGUUCGGCACCGUGCUCCUCGCCUCGCUCCACGGCUGCAGGGCCGCGCUGGGCACCAACAGAGGCGGCCUGCGCAGGGUGCGGUGCCACAAGAGGCUAAUGCCGCUGUCCUGCGGGCUGGUGGCCGCCAACUACCUGCUCGGCAUCGCCCUGGUGAGGUCGCCGUGGACGCUCUGCCUCUACUUCGCCGUCGCCGCGGCGUGGUGGUCCAUGGCCGGCCUCGCCGCCUACCACCUCAGCGCCGGCCUCGUGGAGGACCUCGAGGGGCACCGGCAGUCCGAGGAGGGCCAGGUCCUGGGCGCGGGGGCCGAGGGCGGCUCCUGA